AUGGAGGACGAUCAGGACCCAACGCAGUCUAAUGCUUGGGACGGCUACUACGCUCAAGAGCAGUCAGAGCAGCCACACACAGAAGACCAGUGGGUCGAGUGCAUCAGCGACAAUGGCGAGACAUACUACACCAACCUGAUAACGGGGGAAACUUCGUGGGUCAGGCCCGGCUCGGAGGUAGAGCAGAGCUACCAGUCUGCUGCUUGGACUGAGGACCAAACCGAAGGAUCUGACGAAGUCACCCAAUGGCUGGAACUCUUUGAUCCGGUCCAGCACGCGCUGUACUACUUCGCGCCGCAGUCCGGUGAAGUUCGAUGGGAGCCACCUCCCGACGGCUCAGCGCUCGUUCGACACUGCGAUAGUGAUGCAGUGUUGAGCACGAUCGUUUCGCUGCAAAGGGCUGCGAGGUCGCAACAAGCUCGGGCUCGAGUGACGACGCUAAGGCAGGAGAGGCUUCGAGAGAAUCAAGAGGAAGACACCGUGAAUGGAUUACAACCUCCUGGAGAAGUCGACACUGGCACAGCUCCUCCAAUUGAUAAUGAUCCGACGCAGUGGGUGGAAGUGUUUGACCCGGCAACGCAGCAGCAGUAUUACUACAGCCCGCGCACCAACGAGACGCGGUGGGACGCUCCGGACACUUUCGUCGCUUCCUCC